AUUUAAUGUUCCUUAAUUAUCGCAAGUCCACCACGAUCGAUCCAUAUUCAAUAUUUCAAUAUACAAAACAGACCGCAGCGCAUGACUCCACAGACCGCCACUGCACCCCGCUCGCUGCUUGCAUCGCCGGACGUCGCAGGCCCGCUCCGCCGCUCGUAGCUCGCCCGCUCCGCCGCUCCGCCGCUCGUAGCUCGCCCGCUCCGCCGCUCGUAGCUCGCCCGCUCCGCCGCGCGCAUUGCCGUAGGUCGCACACCCUGACGCCCCCCUUCUGCAACUCUGCCGCUCCUUCUGCAACUCUGCCGCUCCUGCUCGCUUCUUUUCUCGAUUCAGGUUUCAUUUUGACAAAGAGGAUCAUGAAUAUCACAACACUAUUCAGGAGGUUAAAUCUCGGAGAUUUGGUAUCUAGUCCGUCUCUCUACAGUUGCGGCAGGGAUGCAUCCGGAGAGGGACUGAGCUUAGUACUAAGGCGUUGGGCUACCAAAAAGACAGCAGGGUCCACAAAAAAUGGGCGUGACUCAAAACCUAAGAAUCUCGGGGUGAAGAAAUUUGGUGGAGAGAGGGUGAUUCCAGGGAAUAUUAUUGUUCGCCAAAGAGGAACCAGAUUCCAUCCGGGGGAUUAUGUGGGGAUUGGCAAAGACCACACAUUGUUUGCAUUGAAAGAAGGGUGUGUCAAGUUCGAGCGAAACAAGCUGACUGGACGCAAGUGGGUCCACGUGUUGCCCAAAGAAGGCCAUGUACUUCACCCUGUAUACUCAUCCACGGCUUCACCUCCCGAGCUGAAGACAGCUACUUAAGGUUAUAGUUUCCUAAUAUUCUAGUCACAUGCUUCCAUUUAUGUGAAUGCGUGGAGUGCCAGUCCAUCAUGUUUGAAUUCUUGUUCCAUCUUUUGCAGUUUGUCUUUCAAUGAGAUGUUUUUCCCUUUGACUGCUGUAUUUUGUAAUUGUGAUUGGAGCAGCAAUGCAGGGCUGAUUUGAAUUCUACUGAAUAAUGAUAGAUAUGCACAGAAGGAUCAAGUAGU